CCUUCUUUUUUUCCUUCGGUGGAGGCCAUCAUGGGAGCCUGAGAGUUCAACUGGAGCGAGCUGCGAGAAAAGAAGAUGAUUUCCCGGGACGGAACUCUCAUACCAGCCUCCGGGGAGCCCUGAUUUUUGUAUAGUUUACAUACAUCGAAGGUGGAGCCUGUCACUUUUUUUUCAAAUGUUUUCAAGGCAAUCAACAGAAGGACAACAAUGCUGAAUCGUUAGGAGGAUUUGGAUCGGAAAAGGAGGUAGCUUCGGCUAGCUGUGCUAGCGCGUUGGCUAGCGUGGCUAGCUGCAUCUUGGUGACUUCGGGUUUGAGAGCCAGUGACUUCCCCAACCGCCUGCUGUCAGUCGCGGCAGCCGCCGUUGAAGCAUCGCUUGGAACGCGUCUGGCAUGCAUGUAUUUUAUCCGGUGGCUUUUGCAAAACGAAUUUCGGAAUAGUAAAAGUCGGGCCUUCACGAAGGAGCAGAGCGAGGCCCGUCUUUAUGAUCCAGAGGAAGCCUUUCUAAUCCUACCGACAGACACCGCUAGCUCUGCGGGCUAGCACGUCUUUAUAAAAUUCAACGGCACUGACUGUGACAUAAACAUACAGCCAGCCAUCACUUUAUAAACAUUUUAUCUACAUUUUUUUUUUCAUAUAGACUUUUAACAUAUACUACAAUGGCUGCGAUUAUAAAAGAAAUGGUCAGUCGGAACAAAAGGAGAUACCAAGAGGAUGGUUUCGACCUGGACUUAACAUAUAUCUACCCCAACAUUAUUGCUAUGGGCUUUCCAGCAGAAAGACUUGAAGGCGUGUACAGAAACAAUAUAGACGAUGUAGUUCGGUUUUUGGAUUCAAAGCAUAAAAACCAUUACAAAAUCUACAACCUCUGCGCAGAAAGACACUACGAUGCUGCCAAAUUUAACUGCAGAGUUGCACAGUACCCCUUUGAAGACCACAACCCUCCUCAGCUGGAGCUAAUUAAGCCGUUCUGUGAAGACCUGGACCAGUGGCUCAGCGAGGACGACAAUCACGUCGCAGCCAUCCACUGUAAGGCUGGGAAGGGCCGCACCGGAGUCAUGAUCUGCGCUUAUCUUCUUCAUCGGGGCAAAUUCUUGGAGGCCCAGGAAGCCCUGGACUUUUACGGUGAAGUCCGGACAAGGGACAAGAAGGGAGUUACGAUCCCAAGCCAGCGCCGCUACGUCUGCUACUACAGCUACCUACUGAAGAACCAGCUUGAGUACAAGCCAGUGGCGCUGCUCUUCCACAAAAUGGUCUUUGAGACUCUCCCUAUGUUCAGCGGGGGCACCUGCAGGGACGUUAAAAACAGGAGCGAGCCGACCCCUCAGGGCUUCAAGAAAGGGAAUUGGCAUUGGGAUCCCCAGUUUGUGGUCUAUCAGCUGAAAGUGAAGAUCCACACGUCAAACCCCCUCCACACACGGCGGGAGGACAAGCACAUGUAUUUCGAGUUCCCGCAGCCGCUCCCGGUUUGCGGAGACAUCAAAGUGGAGUUCUUCCACAAACAGAAUAAGAUGAUGAAAAAGGACAAAAUGUUUCACUUCUGGGUGAACACCUUCUUCAUCCCUGGACCAGAGGAGAGCGGGGACAGGAUGGAGAACGGGUCUGUGAACGAUGCAGAAAGCCAACCGAGCGGGCCGGGUCAGGGCCAACCACAGAACGCAGAGUGCAGGGACGGCUGCAGGGAAGGCGACCGGGACAGGGACUACCUCAUCCUGACGCUCAAUAAGAACGACCUGGACAAGGCGAAUAAGGAUAAAGCCAACCGCUACUUCUCGCCAAACUUCAAGGUGAAGUUGUAUUUUACGAAAACCGUGGAGGAGCCCUCAAACUCUGAGGCAAGCACUUCGACUUCCGUCACCCCGGACGUUAGCGACAAUGAGCCAGACCAUUAUCGAUACUCUGACACCACUGACUCUGAUCCGGAAAAUGAACCUUUUGAUGAAGAGCAGCACACGCAAAUCACAAAAGUGUGAACUCUUUUAAAAAGCAGGAAAAGAAGAAAUUAUACAACUGAGAGAAAGAAAAGAAAAAAAAGGAGAAAACUUGAAUAUAAACUCAACAGAAGAACCUUUGUCCCUUCCCUCCCCACAGAUGGCAAUAGAAUAUUAUCAUGUCAAAUGCCAAUUUUAGGGGGGAAAAAAAAAGAUGAAUAUCCUGACCAAUAUUUUGUUUUUAUGUUUGUUUUGGCACGGCCAUGUACCACACGCGAGGUAUUGACACUGUUGCCCCAUGGGAAAAGGUGCUGUAGCUAUAAACAUGUGUUUAUAUCUAUAUACAUACAUAUAUGUAUAUACAUAUAUACAUGCAUAUAUAAACAAACUUUUUUUUUUGUGUCAAAGACAAUGGAAAGAGUACCACAAUCAGGAGAAUGGGAGUAAAAGUGUGGGAGAAGUUAGAAUGAAAUACUAGGACUAUGCUGCUCCUUCUCCUGUCUAAACCAAGGCCAGUGCUACAGUCACUUUGUUUCACUCCCUCUCUUCUCCUCCUCAUCUUUUGCUCUCCCCACCCUCCAUCUUUUCCUCCCCGCCUAUAUUCCUUUACUGUGAAUGCUUCUUGUGCUCUUUGCAGGCUGUCUCAUGUGACUUUUGGCCUUUGUGCAGUGCAAACUGCAUGCAGGCAGUGGGCUGGGGGUGGGCGGGGUUUUGAAGAGGCUGUGAUGAUGUCUAAAGCAUUGCCAUUCCUGUUCCCACUGUGUAUACGUUAAAUUAUGCAGAACAAGGCAUCCCAUGUAAUUGUUAAUGUUUUUUUUAUCCUAAGAUAAUAAAAUAUAAUACACAAAAACUA